AAACUUUCGAAAGUAUAAAAAGCUCAUCCAAAGCUGACUGGGAGACACGUGAUCCUUCCCCUUCUUGCUUUCUUACCUUGAUCUUCUAGUUUCACUUCGUCUCUGCGAGAAACUAACAAGCCUCCGUGUCUUUACAAUCCUAUCUCUAAUUUCUCUCUUAAUCUUCUGUAAUUUCUCGUAAAUCAAGAUUGAAAGCAAAACCAAUGGUGAAAGAUACAACUUUUUAUGACAUUUUGGGGGUUAGUGUCGAUGCGUCAUCGGCAGAGAUCAAGAAGGCAUACUAUCUCAAGGCAAAAGUAGUUCAUCCAGAUAAAAACCCCGGUGAUCCAAAAGCUGCAGAUAAUUUUCAGAUACUUGGUGAAGCAUACCAGAUCUUAAGUGAUCCUCAGAAACGUGAAGGAUACGACAAGUAUGGAAAGGAAGGAAUAACAGAGGAAAUCAUGUUGGAUCCUUCAGCUGUCUUUGGAAUGCUAUUUGGAAGUGAAUUAUUUGAAGAUUAUGUUGGUCAACUUGCACUGGCUACAUUAUCAUCUUUUGAAAAUGAAGACGACAUACAGGACAAGGAAAUGCAACAGCAGAGAAAUCAAGAGAAGAUGAGGGUGCUGCAGAAAGAGAGAGACGAAAAGCUAAUAACAAAUCUCAAAAUUCGCCUUGAAACAUUUGUUGAAGGCCAGGAGAAUGAGUUUACAAAUUGGGCCCAAUCAGAAGCACGCCGCCUCUCUACAGCUGCAUUUGGUGAGGCUAUGCUGCACACCAUUGGUUAUAUCUACACGAGGAAAGCUGCUAGGGAGCUUGGAAAGGACAGACGGUAUAUGAAGGUACCAUUUUUAGCAGAAUGGGUACGGGAUAAAGGACACCUGAUGAAAUCACAAGUAAUGGCUGCUUCAGGUGCUGUUUCCUUAAUUCAAAUACGGGAGGAGUUAAAGAAGUUGAAUGGAGUAGAAAACCAAGAAGAGAGCAUGCAGAAAAUCCUUGAAGAUAAGAAGGAUUCAAUGCUUCAAUCACUUUGGCAGAUCAAUGUGCUUGAUAUUGAGAGUACUUUAUCACGUGUGUGCCAAGCAGUACUGAAAGACCCUAGUGUGUCCCGUGAUGUCCUGAAGUCACGGGCUAAAGGAUUGAAAAAACUUGGAACAAUCUUCCAAGGUGCCAAAGCUGCUUACAGUCGAGCCAACAGCUUGCGCCAUGAAGAUGACAAGGCAAUAAAUACCGGUUCAACAUCAUAGAUAUAUCGAUUGAUACUUAGCGGAUCCCAAUUCUUCAUUUCUACAGGUGCAUAUGGAGUCUUCGAUGUGUCUGGUUAUGUAUCUACCAUGUCUGCUGAACUCCGAAAACUGACCAGUCUAUAUAUUAUAGGCGAAAUUCGUUAAUUUAAUCCUAUAUCUGUAUUGAUUAAUUAUUUUUUAUCUCGUGGUUUUAAUUCGGUAAAAAGACCCUUGUGUUUUUAAA